AUGCGGCCCCUCAAAGACCAAGGGCACCCCCAAGCAGACCACCGGGGCAAAGGGCCUGUCAGGGCUGGCCACCCUGCAGGCCAAAGUCGACGAGCUGGAGGCAUGGGACCGGGCCCGAGCCAACGAGAUCGCGGCCCUCCAGGCAAAGAUCACCGCUCUCGAAGUGAUGAACGAGAGAAGUGGAACCGAGUGUGGGCCUCACUCGCCGAAGUGCGAGAACUGAUCAAAGAGGAGGGGUCCGUACUGAGGGCUGAGCACUCUAAGCUCAGAGAGAAGCUUGAUGAGGAGGUGAUCCAGAUGGUGUCGUGGGUGCGCGCGGAGACGACGGUCCGGAUGACAUCUGUGAUCAACACGGGCAAUGAUCUGACCGCCGAGUCGAACCGGAAAUGGAGUUGGCUGGUGCAAGAUCUGGCGCUGAUCAAGAGGUGGUGGAGAAUCAGAAGCUGA